AUGGCUAGUCAUUCUAUCACUAGUACUGAUAUUUCCCCUAAACUUCAGCUACCUGUUAAAAGACCAGUUCUUCAAGUUCCAGAAGAUAACCCAAAUAGCACACCUUCGUCUUUUUUACUUUUUCAAAAGAUUCUUGCAGAGUUCUUGGGAACAUAUGUUCUUAUAUUUAUAGGCUGUGGAUCUGCUCUUACUAAUGAUAUUCAGAAACUAACAAUUCUGGGUAUAGCAAUUGUAUGGGGUGUAGUUCUAAUGGCAUUAAUUUAUGCAGUUGGUCACAUUUCUGGUGCACAUUUUAAUCCUGCUGUUAGCAUUGCCUUGGCCGCGGUCCGGAAAUUUUCUUGGAAACAUGUGCCUGUGUUUGUGUUGGCUCAGGUUCUGGGCUCAACACUUGCUAUUCUGACCCUUAAAGUAUUGUUCCAUGACCAAGAUGAUAUCCAAGCAACAAUGACUCAGUAUAAAAAUUCAACUUCCCAUCUUGAAGCUAUUAUAUGGGAAUUUAUAAUCACAUUUAUUUUGAUGUUUAAUAUUUGUGCCGUUGCUACAGAUCAUAGAGCGAGCAAAGACUUUUCUGGAGUAGCAAUUGGCGGUACUCUGUUGGUUAAUGUCAUGGUUGCUGGGCCAAUUACUGGAGCUUCAAUGAAUCCUGCAAGAAGCUUAGGACCUGCAAUUGUCUCUGGUGUUUAUAAGAACCUAUGGGUAUUUCUUCUGUCUCCUGUACUUGGAGCAUUAGCUGCAACUAUGGUAUACAACAUGCUUAGGGUACCUAAGCCUGAUAAUCCUGAAGAGAAGACUAAAAAUAUAUUCAAUCAUCUUUAUACACAUGCUGAUCCUUAA